CUAUGUGUCCAUAUUCUAUGUGCUGUAUGUGUGGGCAUUUACAAGGUACGAUCCUGAGGAUUAUCCCUCUCUGCCAAAGCACAGGAGACUUCAGGGAAGUCAUGCAAUAAACUGGCUCCAAACUCACCAAGACAAUGUCUGCAUUAUAUAGUUGUCUGAAAGGUAAAAAUGACUCCUUCAUGGCUGCCAAUUCAGCAGAUGGAACACAGACGUCUGAGAAUGAAGAAGCGCAUGAAGAUCAUCCAGUUGCAGGAAAAAAGAAGUCAAAAUUUCAAGCUUUCAAAAAAUUAUUUGUUAAAAAGAAACGAAAAGCUGCUCCAGCACCCAGCAGUGAGAACAACUUGAAACCAAGUCAGUCAAGUACUGACAUAAGUGUUCCAGGCACCUGCGCUGAGGCCUUCCAUUCGGGAGAGGAGACAGGGACAAAGGGAAAUAUGGGAAACAAAGCUGUAUCACAUGACAGCAUAUUCAUCAGUGAACCAGAAAAAGUUACUGAAAUGCAAACAUCACAGGAAAACAUUCACAGCAAAGUAAAGGCAUUACAGCUUCAGAUACAGCAGAACAUCAGGAUAGGAUCAACCCCACAGAAAAUUGUUCCCAAGAAGCAGGAAGAUUCUGGUGCUCUUUCAGAAGAUGAUGGGUUACCAAGAAGUCCACCAGAAAUAACCUCUUUGCAUGAUGUUAUUGCACAAACCUCAAACACAUUGUCCAAUCCUGCAGAGAGACGCAACUCACUAAGUUUAGGAGGAACAGACAGCGAAGAAGAACAGAUAUCGUCCGAACCAUCCUCGCGCCCCAUCAGCCCAUUUCCCUCUAACCUAACACCGUGCCUGACGUCACCAGCUAGUUCCCUGCUGUUGGUAGACUUUACCACUCCAGCUAGGUCUUCGAUUUGUUUGGAUAAUUCUGCCGCAAAGCACAAGAUUGCUGUUAAACCAAAGAAGCAUAGAGGACCCAUGUCAAAAGUGAAGCAAAACCCGGAAAAUGAACCAAAAAGAUCACAUCCAGAAUGUGAACUGAGACUGAGCUUUGAACAAGAGAAGCACACAGAUGAGUCUGUGGUUGAGGUUUCAGAGUUUGAUGUUACUCCUUUACAAAUUGCAUCUGCAGCAGAGUUCAAGGAGUGUGCGGAAGACCGUGCUGUGCCAGGAAUUUGCGUGACUGUUUGCACUGAGGAUUCAAGCUUAUCAGCUGAAGAGGAAGCCCCCUUAAGUAUAUGUGAAGUGGAGCUCCACAAUAUUUCUUCUGAGGAUAUGGAUAAUAAUGGGGAAGAUCCACAACCACACGAAAAAAACAAUUCUCUUCCUUCCUAUGAACAGACAUUGGCUGCAGAGACUAUAGAUAAUUCCAACUCUGAAGAUAUCUGUGAAGAUGCUCAAAAUUUGAAAGUUAAAGACAACUCUGACCUUGAUGUUGGAUUAGUGAAUAUUUACACUGAAAAUCAGAAAAUAACCAGCUUGGAAAUUACUGUAGGAGACAAAAUACUGAGCCAUGAAAGUAAAGAUGAAUGUCAUGAAGAAUUGGUCAGGUGUAUACCUGAGGGAGAAGACAAUUUAGCAGAAAGUUCUGUAAAUGUCACUGAGCUAUCAGCUACUUCAGAUGAUCUAUUGGAAGCUAUAAUGACUGUGGUGCUCAGUAACAAUAAUAGUGUUACAGGAACUGAUAAAGAGGCUACUGGAAGUGUUGUUACAGAUGAUGAUGUGGUUAAUGAGAGCAGAGAGAUUCCAACAGAAACUGAUACCCUUCCCAGCGUGCAAAAUGCAGAGCCAUUAAUUACUGUUAAUGUCAGUGAAAAAUCAAAUUUGUAUGAGCAGUUGCCUUUACAGCCUGAGACUGAAGAUACACCUAUAGAGUCAGACACCAUUUUAAGGAGCCAGAAGGAGGAGGAGCCCUCUGUAAAGAGGAAUAGGGAUAAUUUGUGCCAAGUGAACUCACAGAGUGGAUCACUUAGUAGAGAGGAGCAAAUUCUGGUCAAAACUGAUGCCCAUAAAGAAAGGUGUGAUGUCAUUAAACCAGCUAUUCUCAACCCUGAAACUAUACAAAAAUCAUCCACUAAACCAGUGAGGUUCACGGUAGCUCCUGCAUGGCAGAGAUCACUAUCUAGUGAGGCAAAGGCUAAAGAUGUGGGCUUUGAAAGGAGUAAUCGUGUAAACACCUUAAAACCAGAGCUAUUUGGAGGUGUAGUAAACCCUAAGGAACCUGUAAUAGCAAGCAACAUACAGGAACAAAACAAGAGCGAAAAGCCUACAGAGAUAAGUGUUGAUGAACCCUCCAACAAACCAUUUGGCAUCAGACUAAGGAGCACUUCCACCCCUUUAAAAUAUAGUGAUGAACAUUUUAGUGAAUCCAUAAAAACGUCAUCUUUAUUUGUUGGUGUCAUAUCGCCAACUCAUACUCAAAAUGUUACAAACCCCAUAAAACCAUCCCAUACUCCACCUGAUAACACACCAGUUUCAAAACCUUUACAUGAAGAAAAAAAUCUGUCAAAAGCAAAUGAGACAAAGUCUCAGGAUCAUUCACAGCACACAGAACCGGCAUGGAUCUCUAUGGCAAAACUGAAGCAGCGAGUAUUUCAGGAUCAUCCACUUGCCAAAGAGCAGAGUCCUGAAGGAAAGGAAAUAGACCAACAUGGGAAGGAUAUUGGUGAAUGUUCACAGAAAAUCAGCAUUGAAAGCACUCUGCAAAGUUCAGCAUCAAGGACUGACAAAGAACUUUCUGUUGUCAGCCAAGCUACUGUUCUGGAUACUCCUGUGGACCAUGAAAAAUCUGUGUCUUCAACUGCUCCUGAAAACCCAAAUGAGCCUCCCUGGUUAUCGCUGGCUAAACAAAAAGCAAAGGCCUGGAGCGAAAUGCCCCAAAUCGUGCAUUAGCAAAUACCAAAAAUAUAAACACCUGCUAUUUUAUGUUUUACUGUGAACAUCAUAAGCCAAUGAACAAAUAAACUAUUUGUCGCUUUCA